GUCAUCGACUUCAAACACCUGUCCCAGACACGCACGCACCUCCCAAGACUCUCAGCCCUUAUACAGGAUGGCAGAAUCAGCCCUUUUUCUUUCAACAAAGAGGGUUGCAGUUGUUACAGGAGCGAACAAGGGGAUAGGAUUAGAGAUAUGUAGGCAAUUAGCUUCCAAAGGGGUGAUGGUGGUUUUAACUGCUAGAGACCAAAAAAAGGGUAUUGAAGCCGUUCAAAGUCUCAAGGCCAGGGCUUCUUGUGAUAAUGUCAUUUUUCAUCAGCUGGAUGUGGGGGCCCCUUCAAGUAUAGCUUCCCUGGCAGACUUUAUCAAGACCCGAUUUGGGAAGCUUGACAUAUUGGUAAACAAUGCAGCUGUUCUUGGUGUUAAAGUGGAUAGCAAUGCUCUUGAUUCUUUGGCUGAUCACGUGCCAGGAGGAUACAUUAAUUGGAAUGAGGUUUCGACUCAAGCUCAUGAUUUGGCGGAAGAAUGCUUAAAAACAAACUACUACGGACCAAAAAGCACAACUGAAGCAUUUGCCCCCCUUCUCAAAUUGUCUGAUUCAGGAAGAGUUGUUAACGUUUCCUCCUCAUCUGGGAAGCUAAAGUUCGUAGCGAAUGAUUGGGCACAAACAAUACUAAGCGAUGCAGAUUGCCUUACUGAAGACAGGAUUGAUGAAGUACUGAAUGAGUUUCUGAAAGAUUUCAAAGAGGGUUUUCUGAAUGCCAAAGGCUGGCCUUCUUUUCUGUCUGCUUAUACAUUAUCAAAAGCUGCCUUAAAUGCCUACACGAGGAUUGUGGCUAAGAAGUAUCCUGAGUUGACGAUCAACUGUGUCUGCCCAGGCUAUGUUAAAACUGAUAUGAAUUACCAUAGAGGCGUCUUAUCCUCAGAAGAAGGUGCAGAAAGUCCCGUAUGGCUGGCCCUGUUGCCCCCCGGGGAAAAGCCAUCCGGAUUGUUCUUCUCCCAGAAAAUUGUCUCACCUUUCUAUAGAGGCUUAAUUAUAGGAACUGCUUGGCCAAAAAAAAAAAAAGAAAAAAAAUCUAGAUUCCUCGUACCAGCCAUGACAGAAGCAAAGAGGUAUGCAAUUGUGACCGGGGCAAACAAAGGGAUAGGAUUUGAGGUGUGCAGGCACUUAGCUUCUAAAGGAAUCACUGUGGUUCUGACUGCCAGGGAUGAGAAGAGGGGACUCGAUGCUCUUCACAAGCUCAAAUUCUCUGAUGGUCUUUCUGCUGAUCGUUUGCUAUUUCAUCAGCUUGAUGUGGCAGAUUCGUCUAGCGUUGCUUCCCUUGCUCAAUUCAUCAAGACUCACUUUGGAAGGCUUGAUAUCUUGGUGAAUAAUGCAGGAAUUAUUGGAGCUGAUAUAGACUCUGACGCUUUUAAAGCUGCGAUUGCAGCUGGUGCUGUUGAAGAGGAACGAGCUAAUAAAGUUGACUGGAGCAGUUCGAUCAAUGACACUCAUGAAUUGGCAGUACAAUGCUUCCAAACAAACUAUUAUGGUGCCAAAAGAAUGAUUGAAGCCUUUGUUCCUCUUCUCCAAUUAUCUCAAUCACCAAGAGUUGUCAACGUUUCCUCAGGCGCGGGAAAGCUAAAGAAUAUACCCAGUGAAUGGGCCAGAGGGAUAUUCACUGAUGUCGAUAACCUUACGGAUGAGAGAGUGGAUGAGGUGCUCAAUCAAUACCUGAAAGACUUAAAAGAAGGUUCCAAAGAAGCCAAAGGCUGGCCUUCAUUCCUGUCUGCGUAUACAGUCUCGAAAGCAGCCAUGAAUGCAUACACAAUUGUUGUCGCAAAGAAGCAUCCCAACAUCAAGAUCAAUAGUGUCUGUCCUGGUUUUGUCAAAACGGAUAUAAACUUCGAAUCCGGCACAUUGACUGUAGAAGAAGGUGCUGACAGUAUUGUGAGGCUGGCUCUGCUGCCUGAUGAUGGUCCUUCUGGCUUGUUCUUCAUUCGCAGUGAAAUAUCACCUCUUGGAUAGAGAUAAUCCUUCUCAUCUCUUUGCAUUCAUGUGUAGAUCAUCCCUACCGGGCCAUAGAUCUAUGCAACAUUGUGAUAUUUUUCUUGCAACUUAGACUACAAAAUCACCAAAGAAUAAUGUUUUGAAUCCUUUGUUUUGAUGAAGAAAUCAUAUAUGAGCUUCAUUGGUCGUCAUGCAACAAUUAAUGUUGUCAAGAUCUUCUCUUCUCAA